GAGUUGAAUGCGGAAGUGAAACUUUAGUUGAGGUGCAGCAGCACAAAGCAGCGACAGUCUGAAGUGCGGAUCCGGACGUUGACCGACGCAGCGAACCGGGAGGGAAGCUGAGCGCUCCAUCAUGGCCGCUGAAGUUUACAGCCCAACCACGGAGGCCGAGCCCAAAUCCAGAUGGUUUGUGGUUCCGACCGACAUUCUGGACAUGCGCAGGUUCCUGGUCAAAGUGGCUGAAGUGCUGCUGUCCCUGGUGGCGUUCGUCCUGGAGGAGGCGGUGACCAGCUGCAUCAACUGCUCCAACCUCUACUUCUUCGAGUUCAUCAGCUGCACGGCCUUCCUCUUCACACUGCUGCUCCUCAUCCUCCUCGCCACCAAGCUGCACGACAGGGUCGGCAUCAACUGCUGGGCCAGCCUGGAUUUCCUCUACACCGUCAUCAUCGCUGUGCUGUUCUUCAUCGCCUCUGCCGUUUUCGCCGGGAGCAACGGGCAGACUCCACUGGAGCGUGCCGCCGUGGUGUUUGGCUUCCUGUCCACCGCGGUGUUCAUCGCGGACGCCGUCCUGUUCUGGAAGAGCAACGGGCUUCCCUUCAGGAAGGGCAACAAGCCGGAGAGCAGCAACGGCACCGCGGUGCCGCCGGCACACGAGACGGAGCGGCUCAACACGGGAGGGAACGCCGCCGAGUAGGAUGUUCCUGAAGGUGAUCCGAGGUCAGAGAAACCCCACGCCACACUGCCGGCUGCGACGACAGAGACUGAGCGGCUGAACGCAGCUCCACUUUUUUAUUUUUUUAAAGCCAAGGCUCUCAGCCCGAGUUAUUUUCAAAGCUGUUAUUAGGCAGGGCUCCGCGCCGCGGCCGCUCCUCGCUGUGAUUAUGAAGACGACGGCGGUGAGGAGGAACCCAUAAUCACAGUGAAGACCGUCCUGCAGCGCUUCUGCUCCACACACUGAAUGAGAGAGAGAGAGAGAGACAGAGAGAGAGAGAGACAGAGACAGAUUUCUCCCUGUCACUACAAAAUAUCCUGCUGUAAAAUUUAACUUUCAAGAUUUUAUAAAGGAAUAGUCCCAAAAAUAUCUGGGCACAGUCCUCUUUCCCUGACAUUCCCAGACUGAGACCAGAUGUUGGACACCAUUUUCUCCUCUGUACAUAUUCUAUGGGUAGCAUUUCCUGUUAGCUUAGCAUAAAGACUUGAAGUCUAUGGGAGUGGUUAGCCUGGCUCCUUCCAGUCUGACUGACACAGCGGAUCAUGAGGAUUUGAAUUUUUUUCUCUUGGACGUCCAGAGGUGAAACUGGUGUCCAGCAUCUGGUCUCAAGGAAAAGGCAAUUUUGACCAAACUGUGGGAUUUUUAAAAUUUAAGGCCAUUUUUUUUUUAAGGCUUUUCUAAUGUUGUGCCAAGUGGACUGGACUUGACAAAGAAAACCUGUUCGUGUUUUGCUUUUGUUUGAAUGAAGGACAGGCGGCCAAUGGCUGACACAAAAAUCAUAGUAAAGAAAAAAUUAUGAAUUAACUAAUAGAGACAACAGAGCUGGUUGGCGACACCAAACGGCGGCGAGGGGGAACCUUGAAGGGUCCGUCCCGUCAAUCCUUCCUCCUCCUGGAAGAAACAAACAGAACAAGGAGAGUUUGUCUCUGUGAUCAGGAUCCAGGCCAAAGGAGACGUCAUGAAAUCUCUGAGCCAAGAGCUCCAUGUCAAUACUUUGCUUUUUAUCCAAAAUCCCAGACUCUAUUAUGAUAUCGAUACAGUAUCAAUACAACAGCCUAUCAGAGGCACAGCUUAAAGGAAUAUUCCAACAUCUUCGAGCAGCUCUGAAGGUGUUUUUAUUUGAACAGACGUCUUGAGCUAACAACCGCCAUAGACUUCAAGUGUUUGUGCUAAGCUAAGCUAAUGCUGCCCAUAUGAUCAGAAAUGCCUGAGUGUUCAUACCAGGCUUGUCAUUUUAUCUUCAUCUAUUUAAUUUUCUAUUUUAGCCUAUUUCCCCUCAGGGAUCAAUGAGUAAAGUAUUUCUGAUUCUGAUGAGGAGGUCGGGGCUCAUUUGCAUAGUGGGCGUGGCGAUGAAAACUCCUCCCUGAUUGGCUGCUCUCGUGUCAAAGCAGCUGGGUUUGAUUGGCAGGCGUCAGAUUGACCCGCCUCCAGGUCACCAAGGGAAGGAGGAGGCGUUUUGACGGGACGCGCCCUACACUUUGAAAGGACUUCAUUACCCAGAAACCCUAGAGCCCACACAGGCGACUGCAGGUUUACAGGAAAGAGCAGAUUUAAAUUCCAAAAGGCAUUUUCUUUGUCAGGUGUGAUUCCAGAGGCCUCAAACUGGGCCAACACAUUCCCAUGAGCCUUUGCAAAAGGGCCGCCACAGACGCCGCAGGAAAAACUCUCCCGAGAACCAUCGCAGACCAGCGGCACAUGGACCACAAUGCACUGCUGCUGCCUCCAUAGACCACAAUGCAAUGCAGCAAUAACACAGAUUUUAAAACACGAUGUCUUCAAACGGUUGCAAUAAUGUCCCUGUCACGAGGCUUUUUUGUAAUAUAUAAAAAACAGGGUCCACUUUUUUCCCUCUGUCCUUUUUUAAUUUUGUUCUUUUUGCUUGUAUUCUGCCACGAUCACUAGUCAUGCUGAAAGGCAUUCUGGGAAAUGUAGGAAAUCACUACCUGCAGUAGAAACAGACGAGCAGGUUGAUGGAGUUUACAAAAAAAACCUUCAUCACCGAUCGCUGCGUCACAAAAUGAUUCUCGCUUCUAUAGACGGCGCGUUGUGUGUGUGUGUGUGUGUGUGUGUGUGUGUGUGUGUGUGUGUGAACUUAGAUAUGCUGGAGAUUUCAGCAAUAUUUUGGAAAAACUGGUAUGUUUGCAUGUUUAUUAAAGGAGCAGUCCACCUAAAAUACACAGAUAAAAAUGCAGUUUCUUGCUGUGUGAUUUGGCGGGGUUUCCCCGGACCGACUCACGGCAGACAGAAGCAGGGGCUGGUGUUAUUCAGCAGGAAGUAGUUCCCAAAUCCACCACAUUCCACAGAAACUGUAAGACAGCAUGACCUGCAGGGCGCCCCCUGGUGGGAAAGGGAUUUGUGCGUUUUGAGUGGACUGCUCCUUUAACUCACAGAGACAAUCAAGCUGUUUGUAAGAUGUGACUCUCCUCAGUCAGAAAUCAGAGCGGAGGGAAACUUCUGUCGACCAAUCAGAGUCCAGUAUUGCGACAACUUCAUAUUCAUUCAGUUUAAUUUGUUGUUAUUUAUUGAUUUGAUUUUUUUCAUUUAAUGAAAUCAUGAAAACGGUGUAACGUGGAGCUGUGAGGUCAGACCGUCUGUUUAUCUGUGCUUUUAAUUUGAAAACCUGUGACAACCUCCAUGAAAAAGAGUUUUAAUUUUGAAAAACUGUUUCUGAGCUCGUGCUUCCUGGCGCGCUGAACUGAACGUCAUAAAUCUUUUUUUUUUUUUUUUUUUUUUUUUUUUAAAUGUUGCUGCGCCGUCAGUCACGUGACUCUUCCUUUUACUGAUCCCUUUCUUUUUCUUUUUUGUUUUGUUUUGUAUCUGCCCAUCACACUAAUCAAUUCACACACUUUUUGAUCAUUUAUUAUUAUUAUUGUUAUUAUUAUUAUUACAUAGAUAAACUUUUAUUCCCAGGAGGUGAAGGGACUGCAGUCUGUAUGACAGCAGAAUUUAACAUGUUUUGAAGUUUUUCCUCUGGCGCCAUCUAGAGGUGCAGUCCAGCCACUGUCAGGCCGAUGGGACCAGACCCACACUGUGUUUUAACUCACACAAUCACAUCUUACACAUAUUUAUUAUAUAUGUGUAUUAUUUUUCCAUCCCUUCAGUCAUGACUGUGACUCAGCCUCACGACUCCAAACACGAUAAGCACGACUGGGUUAAUCUCCUAAUCUGUGAGUCAGAUAUUCAGUUCAUAGAGAUGUAGAGAUUAAGCCUCUGAAACCUGACCUCCGAAACAUGGUGUGGGAAAAGCGAUGAACAAAUUAGCAUGAAAAUUAAUGCACAAAAAAAGCAGAAAAUGAGUUACGUCACAUGAAAAUGAGCAGAACGGCCCCGCAAAACGAGCUGCAGGGUUUGUAUUGAGAAAGAAGAAAUUUACCCCAAAAUUACCUCAAAAAAAGAAAGAAAGAAAGAAAUAUCCAAUUUAUGUCUUUUUCGAGGUGAUUUGUAAUUUUCCUGUAAUUUAAUUGCAAGUUUGUAAUCGUAAUAAAUAUACUUCUGAGUCUUUUUUACCGUUGCUAAUUUGAUGGCCUUUUUGAAAAAAAAAAAA